UUUAGAGGAAGUGAACGCUUAGCAGAGAUGUCUCAGGCAAUUGCAGAAGAAUUAAGGCACCUUGCUAGCUUAGCUGAAAGCAAUACUGUCACUGAUGACUAUUUAUUGUUUCGCGUGGAUAUUUUGAAUGAGAGGCUACUGCAUUUAGCUGCAGACACGGAUAGUGAAGCUGACCCAUUAGUUCUCCAGAUUCUGGAGGAGGUGGCGUGUCGCUUGCACAAGUCUGUGUACCACACAAGAACUGCUGGGAGACCUGGAUAUUUGCUGCCCGCUGAAGCCUUGGAAUCGUUUUUGCUUGUGGGUCUGUCAGUAAAGGAUAUUGCGGAACUUUUUGGGGUCAGUGAAAGAACAGUUCACCGGCGGAUGGCAGACUAUGGUGUUAGAGUAUCGGAUUUAUUCAGCAACAUCGGAGAUGAUGAGUUGGAUGGAGUUGUGCGAGACAUUCUAAGUUAUCAUCCCAAUACAGGAUACAAGAUGAUGUUGGGCUACUUGAAUGCUCGAGGAAGACGAGUGCAAGAAGCAAUGCGCCGUGUGGACCAGCAGGGAAUUUUGAUGCGCACAUUCCAGCUUCAAACUGUUCAGCGUAGAAGAUACUCUGUUCCAGCUCCAAACAGUUUGUGGCACAUAGAUGGAAACCAUAAACUUAUAAGAUGGCGAAUUGUUGUUCACGGGGGCAUUGAUGGCUUUAGCCGCCUCAUUGUUUACCUGACUGCUGCCACCAACAAUCGUGCCACAACAGUGCUUAACAGCUUUCUUGAAGCUGUGAAUACAUAUGGAGUGCCAUCACGUGUUCGUUCUGACAAAGGAGGAGAGAAUGUACAAGUGGCACACUUCAUGGUCUCAACCAGAGGCCCAAACAGAAACUCUCACCUAACUGGAAGAAGCACACAUAACCAGAGGAUUGAAAGGUUGUGGAGAGAUGUAUUUGGGGGAGUGUUGGAUCUGUUUUACACUACUUUCUGCUACCUGGAGACUGAGGGCCUACUUCACACAGACAAUGAGGUGCACUUGUAUGCAUUACACUGGGCCUUUCUACCUCAGCCCAACAGACAUCUGCAGUUUUUCAAGGACGGCUGGAACAACCACAAACUACGCACAGAAGGGAACCAAUCACCGCUACUGUUGUGGUCUCAAAACCAACGUGAAGGUCACGACCCCGCACAGGUUGACCUCCAAUAUGGUAUUGACUGGGAGAGUCCAUAUGGUCGCCAUCAUGAUGGGGUGACAGUGCCAGAGGUUGAGCUUCCACGGCCUUUGACUCAGGUGGAAUUUGAAACACUACCAGAUCCAACUGGCUUGUUUUCAAAUGUGAUUAAUGUUUAUCAACAGACAAUUGAUGUACUGACUGUAAUAUUUGGAAAUAUUUAGGUUACAGCUACCAAAGACAUUUGCUUGAU